AUGGUUGCGGAUCUUACCACAGCAGCCUUUAUUGCAGCUUUUAAACGAUUCGUCGCCAGGCGAGGAAAACCAGCGGUUGUCUUUUGCGAUAAUGCAACGAAUUUCGUUGGGGCGAGACGCGAAUUGGACGAACUUCGCAAACUGUUUGUGUCACAACAAACCCAGCAAUCUUUAGCGUCUACAGCUGCAGAUUCGGGAAUCGAGUUUAGAUUUAUACCGGCAAGGUCGCCAAAUUUUGGCGGUUUAUGGGAGGCCGCAGUAAAAUCCAUGAAACAGCAUUUAAAAAAAACCAUUGGAAUUAAUAUUGUUACACCAGAUGAGCUUCAUACUGUGUUAGCACAGAUAGAAGCAUGUCUCAAUUCCAGACCCCUAACUCCAGUCAGCAACGACCCCAGCGAUUUGGAUGUUCUAACACCGGGACAUUUUCUGAUCCAGCGGUCACUUAUGGCGGUACCAGAACCGAUGGCUGAAGACGUCCAAGAGCAUCAGCUGUCCCGGUGGAGACGUGCGCAGUUGAUCGUGCACCGAAUUUGGUCCAAAUGGUCAACCGAGUAUUUGGCGAAUCUACAAAAUAGGACGAAAUGGACCAGACAUUGGAAAAAUCUGGCCGUGGGAAUGAUGGUUUUAAUAAAAGAAGAUAAUCUUCCUUGGUCGCAUCACGCAGGUUCACCCAGGUGCGGACGGCAAUGUUCGGGUUGUCACAGUGAGGACCAAGGACAGUACCUUCACCAGAGCCAUUUCAAAGAUUUGCAUUCUACCCAUCGAGGACAACGAAGGAGUAUCACACAACAACAAAUAGUUUCCCCCAGCGGAGGUGCGGAGAGCACCUGCGGGAACCAGCUGGUUCCCGCGUACCAGUUAAGUCGUUAUUAUUUACUAAAUGAUCAAAAAACUCAUGGAAUGUUUCAUCCCCCAUAG